AUGUUCUCUACUUUCCAUUCUAUGGGUACGUUUAUUCCCUACGGCAAGAACUAUACUUGCAUUCCGCAAUCCAUGAUUGCGCGGAACAUGAACACAAAAGUCCCAGGCCCUGUGAUCGGUAUUGACUUGGGUACCACGAACUCGUGCGUGUCCGUCAUGGAGGGCAAGAGCUCGCGUGUGAUCGAGAACGCCGAGCCUGAGGGCGCACGCACAACGCCGUCCGUCGUCGCGUUCACGAAGCACGGCGAGUGCCUCGUCGGGCUCCCCUCGAAGCGCCAGGCGAUCGUCAACUCGGCGAACACCGUCUACACGUUCAAGUGGCUCAUCGGCCGCCAGUUUAAGGACCCCGAGGUGCAGAAGGAUAUGGAGCACUGGCCGUUCAAGGUCGUGCCCAAGUCAGACGGGCGCCUGGUUGAGGAUGGAGGGAAGAAGGCGACAUAUUCCUCGGGUUACGGGAACCCGUGCGGGUCGCGGAACGCGUCGUUCAACGUGCUCUCGAAACCGAAACCCGCGGGUACCCGCGUACCCGUACCCGACCCGUCAACGCGGGUUUCAACGCGGGUGCGAUACGGGUACGCGCCGGGACACCCAUGGGUGUACCCGUGCAUUUCACUAUCAAUGGACCAGUCCCCCACCAAGCAAUUAUCAUCAAUGGUCUUGAUGAAGAUGAAGGAGACUGCGGAACAGUUCCUGAACAAGAAGGUCAACCACGCUGUCAUUACUGUUCCCGCGUACUUCAACGACGCCCAGCGGCAAGCCACGAAGGACGCAGGUACCAUCGCCGGUCUCGAUACUCUCGACAAGACGGAGUCAUCGGUCAUCGCCGUGUACGACUUGGGCGGCGGUACCUUUGAUAUCUCCAUCUUGGAGAUGCAGAAGGGCGUGUUCGAGGUCAAGUCGACGAAUGGCGAUACCCACCUGGGUGGUGAGGACUUUGACUCGGUGCUCAUCAACCACAUCCUCAAUGAGUUCAAGACGGAGACCGGCACGGACCUGAGCCAGGACCGCAUGGCCAUCCAGCGUAUCCGUGAGGCGCCUGAGAAGGCGAAGAUCGUCGACGUCAGCGUCUUCGGCAGUGAGCCCAACAAAGAUGUCAACCCUGACGAGGCCGUCGCCAUCGGUGCCUCUAUCCAGGGUGGUGUCCUGGCUGGCAACACUGUUACAGCCAUGUACAGCCAUGUACAAGUUCAAGAGAUCAGUUGGACGCCGCGGGGAGGAAAAGGUGCAGAGCUCGUUGACGAGCAGCGUGAGAUCGCGGUCAAGGGACAGGCUGCCGACGAGUCCGGCCCCUACGAGCAGAUCCGGGAGAUGCGGCAAUAG